CAUGGUGCUGAAGAUCCGGCUGGCUCUGUCCGAGGUGCUGAACAGGAGCUGCUGGGCUCAGGCUGGGGCUUCGCUGUCACAGACCCGGUGUGUUCUGCUGUGUUCUGCUGCUGAACCGGCACCGGCACCGGCAGGCGUCGGAGUGUGGAAGCGUGAAACAACACCGUGUGCCUCCCGGCUCGGAGAAAGGGGAGGGGGGGAGGGAAGUAGUCUGAGCGUAAGAAAAUGAGUUUAAAGACCAGAUACUGAAUCACAAGUGGAACAGGGAAGAACAACAGAACGGACAAGCCCAAGCAUCAAAAUGAGCCAAGAUACAACAGAAACACGAACACGAACUCGUUCCAAAACCAUGCGGGGAUCAUGUGAACUUGCAGGUCAAGACAUGAAGCAGGAGCUGAGUAGCAGCUGCCCCACCCCUGGAUGCGACGGCAAAGGCCAUGUCAGCGGAAGAUACUCCAGACACAGAAGUGUACUGGGAUGUCCGAUUGUAAGGAAAAGGAAGCUUGAGGAGGCGGAGGCAGAGGCUGAGGCUGAAGCUGAGGCUGAGGAGAUCCAGUCUGCUCCUAAAAGGAGGAACCAGUCUGGCAAACAGGCAGCAAACAAUGGCUUUACUGCAGGCAGUGACGCCGGCAGUGAUGCUGAGCAAAAAGAUGAGGAAGAGGAAGAGGAAGAAGAAGAAGAAGAGGAAGGAGAAGAGGAAGACAAUGACUUCAAAGAAAGGAAGAAAAACAAAAUGAAAAGCAGAGCUGAGGCAAUACAAUCUGACAUCUCACCAGAGGCCACAGAUGACACAAACUUAGUAGCUAAAGAGGAAAAAAAUGAAAGAAUCCCCACAGCAACUGAAAAUGAAACUGAAACGGGGGAAGUGAAGCUGUCAGCGGAGUCUGAGCGUCCUGAUGAUCCUCAGGAGAAACCAGAGGAAGAGGAAGACGAAGAGGAAGACGAAGAGGAAGAGGUGAAGAGUCAGCCUGCGACGGAGGACGGGCUGUUAGAGCAAAGAGAAGAGGAAGAAACAGAGACGACUGAGCUGACUGAGACAAAAGAGGAAACAGAGGAAGGAAGAGAAGAAGACAUCCCACGUCCAAGAGAAGUAGAGAGACAGAUAAUAAAUCAGGAAAACUCUGAUCACCAGUACUCAAGUGGAGAUUACAACCAUCAGGCCAAAGAGUUGACAAAGGACAAGAGCAAAGGGGAUGAUCAAGAGGAGGAUGUAGAAGAAGAGGAGGAGGAGGAAGAAGAGGAGGAAGAGGAAAGGAGAGUCCAUCAAGAAGUCGACACUCCUUAUAUUCUGAGUCCACUCACUCAGGGAUCGGAAGCAGACGCAUUACUCAGGGAAGAAAAGUUCUGUACUUCCAUGACUGAGGAAGAGGAGGAAGAUGAAGAGCAGGAGGAAGAGGAGAGGGAUGAUGAUGAGGAGGAGGAAGAAGAAGAGGAGGACAAGAGGCUUGGGAAGGAAGCCGGUGAGGUUCUGGAAGAAGAGGAAGACCGAGACUCCAGUAAAGGCUUUCCGGCUACGGUGGUGAUAGAAGUCCGCUCCGAGGAGGAUGACGAUGACGAAGAAGAGGAAGAGGAAGAAGAGGAGGAUGACGAAGGAGAGGAGCAAGAUCGGGUCUCAGAAGGCUCAGGAGUCACAGAUGAUUCAGAGAACUGGGACAUGACUCGAGGGAACCUAGUGCUGCUGGAACAGGCCAUUGCUCUGAAGGCUGGGGAGGUGAAAGGAGGUCUGGAGUCUCGGAGCUCCCCUGACUAUCAGCCUUACAGCUCCUCCAGCAAGACUGGAGACCUGGCUGCAGUGGCCCGCCGCCCCUCCAACUACAGCAAAGAGAAGAAAGAGGUCAAGUGUCCAACCCCAGGAUGUGAUGGGACUGGUCAUGUGACUGGGCUGUACCCUCACCAUCGUAGUCUAUCUGGAUGUCCUCACAAAGACAGAAUCCCUCCAGAGAUCUUGGCCAUGCAUGAGAAUGUCUUGAAGUGCCCGACUCCUGGUUGCACAGGCCAAGGCCAUGUCAACAGUAACCGCAACACUCACCGCAGUCUGUCUGGCUGCCCUAUCGCAGCUGCAGCUAAGCAGAAUAAGAGCCAGGACAAACAGGUUCAUUUGCAGUCUGCAUCCAGCGAACCCUCUUCCAACUCUGACAGAGUUCUCAGGCCCAUGUGUUUUGUAAAACAGCUGGAGAUCCCUCAGUAUGGCAGCUACCGGCCCGGUACAGUGACCACAACACCCCGGGCUAACCUGGCCAAGGAGCUGGAGAAAUACUCCAAGGUGUCCUUUGACUAUGCAAGCUUUGAUGUCCAGGUGUUUGGAAAGCGUAUGCUCAUUCCAAAGACAACCAGCACCAGUGAAACAUCACCCAAAGCCUUCAAAUCUAAAUCAUUUCCCAAGGCCUCCUCCCCGAGUCACAGUGUGUCUGGAACAUUUCCUAAGACAACCACAUCCUCCAGUACUUAUGACUACAGUCAAGAUGCUGAGGCAGCGCACAUGGCAGCAACAGCCAUCCUCAACCUGUCCACUCGCUGCUGGGAGAGACCUGAGACUCUCAGUGCAAAGCCGAGGGAAGCCUGCCCCAAGGAGACAGAUAUCGAAGUCGAUGAAAAUGGCACGUUGGACCUCAGCAUGAAGAAGACCAAGAGGGAGGGCAUGCAGUCUCCAGAACCUUCCUCCUCCACGUCUUCAUCCUCACAACAUGUUGCAGCCACCUCAUCUCAAAGCCACAGUCAGCAGGAGUGGGAGGGGCCACUGGACUUCACUACGACAAGUGGAGUAAAGGAGGAAGACCACGAUGAGGUAGAAUAUGCAGCUCCAUCAUACACCUCAUCCGAUGGUGAGGAAGAGGAUCCGGAGAACCUGGAAGACAGGAAGUACCCUGGUGAGGUUACAACAUCCAGCUUCAAGGUCAAGUUUCAACCCAAAGACAGCAAAAAAGAGGUUCUUGUAUGUCCUACACCAGGCUGUGACGGUAGUGGACACAUCACUGGCAACUACGCAUCACAUCGAAGUCUAUCAGGCUGUCCUCUUGCUGAUAAAUCACUUCGGACCCUUAUGGCUGCCCACACAGCUGAAUUAAAGUGUCCAACUCCAGGUUGUGAUGGAUCAGGCCACAUUACUGGAAACUAUGCCUCACAUCGAAGUCUCUCCGGAUGCCCUCGUGCCAAAAAAGGUGGGAUCAAAACAACUCCGAGCAAAGAAGACAAAGAGGACUCCGAACUGUUGAGGUGUCCAGUUCCUGGCUGUGAUAGCCUGGGUCACAUCAGUGGGAAGUAUGCCACCCAUCGCAGUGCCUAUGGCUGUCCGCUGGCUGCACGUCGGCAGAAGGAAGGUCUUCUUAACGGUACUCCAUUUUCUUGGAAGGCCUUCAAAACUGAGGGGCCAACCUGCCCAACACCAGGCUGUGAUGGCUCCGGGCAUGCAAACGGCAGUUUCCUGACCCACCGCAGUCUGUCAGGUUGUCCCCGAGCCUCAGUCAAUAAGAAGAGAACCAAGUUCCCUGGAGACGAGUACAUCACUGCGAAGUUCAGAGCCAGUGACGUGCUGGACAACGAUGAGGACAUCAAGCAGCUGAACAAAGAGAUCAAUGAGCUGAGUGAGUCCAACUCAGAGAUGGAAGCGGACAUGAUGAACCUGCACACUCAGAUCUCCUCUAUGGAGAAGAACCUGAAAAGCAUGGAGGAGGAAAACAAGCAGAUUGAGGAGAAGAAUGAAGCCUUGUUCGUGGAGCUCUCAGGCCUGAGCCAGGCUCUGAUCCGCAGCUUGGCAAACAUCCGCCUCCCUGCUAUGCAGGAGCCGCUCUCUGAACAGAACUUUGACAGCUACGUGGACACCCUCACUCACAUGUUUACGAAUAAAGACUGCUACCAGAACCCUGAGAACCGGGCUUUGCUGGAAUCCAUCAACCAAGCGGUGAAGGGCAUCGAGGUGUGACAGGUCGUCUCCAGUGAUUACACCAGUGUUUCUUUUCCAACUAUUUCGAUAUUGUCUGUAAUUAAUUCUUCUCAUUUGGACAUUUUUCUCAUCUGUUCUUUGUAUUUGUUUCCUGUUUGCAUGUUCCUUUAGAACAGUAUGUGUGAACAGAUUAGAGUGUGGCUAUAAAUUGUGUUUGCACAUGAGUCAGACAUCAGUGCAGAACAGAGGGGGCAGUGCUAUGUGCUGAGCAGAUUCUCUUAGUUAGUGACCAGAUCCCAUCUCCACCUGAUGAUGUUAAUAGUAUUCUAUAUGAGCAUAGUGAUGUUGCACCUCCAGGACUAGUUUGUAGAUUCAUUCUUACUAUUGCUGUGUAACUAUUUAAGUCCUUUAAAAAUGUUGGUUAACAACUUAUUUAUUCAUGUCUGCUGUAUUUAUUUUUAUGUUGGCCUAUUUAUUAUUCAUUAUAUAUUUAUGAACUUUUUUAUUUCAAAGUGCUACCUGAGAAGAUUUUAAAUGGUAACCAAGAGAAGGGAAUCAUUUCCUCUGCAUUCUUGAACAAAGAGGAAAUAUUUUAAGAUAUCAACUACAAAUUGUUUUAUAUAUCUUAUUAUUUAAAUACAGGAAUCUUUUUAAGUGCAAAUAUUUUGUAACUCAAACUUUUUUAAUGAUUUUCUAAAGAUUUUUUUCGGUGCUUUUGUUUAUAUGAUUUUCCUUUUUAUUUCCACAAACUAUUUUGAGUACACUGCAAUACACUCGGAUUAUUGAGCUGCACAUAUUUGGUAUUUAUUUAGUGAUGAAGAACAAGGUGAUGGUGAAUAUUUAUUUUGUAUUGUCUAUGUGUUAAUGAUGGCUGUGUAUGGAUUAGUCCUUAAGUUGCUCUUGAAAUAAAGGUUAACCCACAGUGA